GCUCGCCCACCCGACACACUCCUCGCCCGACACGUCCGCAGCUUCAUUCCACGGGAGAACACAGGUCACGGAGAGGGAAAGAUACAGACAUGGUCGCUGCAGGGUCCAUAACGGUUGCAGUCCGCGUUCGCCCACCAACGUCGUGGGAGGCAGCUCGGCUACCUCAGGCAACAUACGACAGUUGCAUACGGAGCGAUGGCGCGCUGUCCACGCCGGCAAAGUCAGUGACCAACUCCGCGCCGCUCCGAGGAGUCGUCCAGAUAGUCGACGACCGCGUUCUCACGUUUGAUCCUGACGAGAAAGACCCUUCAAGAUCAUUCGUGGAGAGAGGCUUUAUGCCUCCCGGCACCAAAAGAUAUAAGGACAGGCGCUUCAUAUUCGACCGAGUCUUCGACCAUCAAGCACGACAGGAGGAUGUAUACCGUGGCACAGCUAAACCUCUUCUGAGCAAUCUCUUGGAUGGAUUCAAUACUACCAUAUUUGCGUAUGGUGCUACGGGAUGCGGCAAGACACACACGAUCAGUGGCACAGAUGCCGACCCAGGCAUUAUCUAUCUUACCAUGUCGGACUUGUUCCAACGAAUAGACGACCGCAGAGACGACCACAUAGUCGACGUGGUCGUCACCUUCCUGGAGAUCUACAACGAGGAGAUCCGCGAUCUCCUCGCAGAGCCGGGCACGCCGCUGCAUCGGGGGGGCCUUCAAAUCCGCGAGGACAAGACCGUGAAGGUUGUUGGCCUUACUGAGCUUCGACCAAAAAACGCGGACGAAGUGAAGGAGAUCGUGCUUCUUGGUAACUCCCGCCGGACACAAUCACCAACACACGCGAACGAGACUUCUUCGCGGUCGCAUGCUGUUCUGCAAGUACACAUUACUCAGGCACCGCGUACAGCGAGCAUCACUGAGCAACGCACGAUGGCCACAUUGUCUAUCAUCGACCUUGCAGGCAGCGAACGUGCUGCAGCUACGACCAACAUGGGCCAGCGCAUGGUGGAGGGAGCGAAUAUCAACAAGUCAUUACUCGCGCUUGGAAAUUGCAUUAAUGCUUUAUGUGAAAGUGGUGGUGCCCUCCGUCACAUCCCAUACCGUAACAGCAAGCUCACGCGUCUCCUCAAGUUUUCCCUCGGCGGUAACUGCAAGACUAUCAUGAUCGUCUGCAUUGCUCCGACCUCCCUCCAUUUUGACGACACGCAGAACGCACUGGUUUAUGCUGAACGUGCGACCAGGAUCAAGACGAAGGUCGUCACCCGUAACGUCGUGAACGUCGAUCGCCACGUGGGCCAGUAUGUGGAGGCAAUCAACCGUCUCAAUUUGGAGGUUGCGGAGCUGAAGCAAAAGCUUACUGGCAAGCGAGAUUCCGAGGUCGAGAGGGAGAGACGUAAGAAACGGGACGCCGCGGAAGAAAUUGCGAAAUCCAAGCGAGAUAUGCAGCAGAAGGCCGAACAAAUGCAAUCAUCCAUCAUAGACGGUGCAAGCUGUGCAAGCAAAAUCGCGAUCGCUGAGGCCAAGCUCCGAGUUAUCCGUUCCCGCCUCGCCCAGUUGGAUGCCCUGGCUUCAUCGCCGGCUUCUCUAUCAACCGACUUACAGGCAGAGCGACAGCUGCUGAAGGCACUCGCUCAACCAGAGGAAGAGGUCGUGAAGACUCACUCGCCGCUGAAUGUGCGAGUGCAACGGUCCAACAACUCUGAUGCCAUGUUCGACGCGACUCUUCGUGCAGUCAGCGAGCGACGAUCGGACCAGCUUGACGAAUAUGCGGUUGACAACGUCAAGCUAGACGCUCGAUGGCGUAAGGCCGAGAUGGAACGUGCUAAAGCAGAGACCGGCCAGGGGGUUCUGCGAGAAGCAAUCACCAACCAAGCUGAGUCCAUUGUGAGCCUUAUCGGCUUGGUGAGCCGAUACACCGUGACGUUGGGAGAUGCGAGCCGCCUCUUAAGUACAGCUGUUGCGGAAGGACGAGAUGGUCUGGAUGCGACCGCCAAAGCUGUAGCGAUGUCUCUCAAGAACAUCUCGGAUAGCAACGACAAGGCCUUCCAGGAACUAGUAGGCCACUCCAUUGCUGCCUAUACGAUGGGAGCGAACCCUUCAGCUCCAUCGUCGCUCGAGGCGUUCAAGAAGUAUCCUUCGGGUCUCGGUCUUGGUCGGGCUUCGAUUGCGCCUGCAACUUCGCAGCCUGCGAAGGCUCGAGUAUCACUGUCCAGGCGUUCUGCAUCAUAUGGGUCGGCGCUUCCGGCAUCUCCGCUACGGAAAGCACACAAGAGCCCACGAAAGUCCCUUCGUUCGAGUAUGGCCGCGUCUUUGCCCUACAGGCGUACGUCCGGCCCAGACAAGGGCAAGAAGAAAGGCGUUCAGUGGCGAGAUGAAGUCGGCCAAGGCGAUCUCGAUGACGGCGGUCUAGGUGUCCCAGCGCCGCUUAUCAGGGUGUCAGGCUCCAACCAAAGUAUUUCAUUAUCAGCGUCUGGUUCAGAACUAGCCUCUACAUCUACGCGCAGCACGUCGAAGGCUGGCUCGGAGAGUGAAUGGGAAGACGACAAGACGGAGGAGAGCAUGAGCGGCAGCUUUACCCGUAACCCAUUUUUAGAUUCCUCUGCAGGAUCGUCAUCUGGCAGUGCUAUUCGCAAGAGACCUCGGGCCAGCCGUUUAGACCCAGGCUUCCUCAAGCCUAAGUCAACGGGUACGGCCCUUGACAGUCUAGCAGAGAAUGACGAAGAACUUACAGCGAUUCAGCCGACACCCACCAAACAUCGCAUGUCACCUUUGGGGGACCGCAACAUGAACCGAGGUCCUUCACCUGAUGGGUCGUCAAGCAGUUCGAGCACGUUGGGUCCUCUGCACAGUUCCAAGAGCCACGACCGCCCGCACGGUAGUCCAGCUAAGCGGAUGUCUUUGACUCCGAAAUCUGUCGGUCUCAACAAGAAUACUAGCAGAAGACGCUCAGUCAUCGGGCCCUUGCGCAAUGAUAGGCCACGGAGGCGGACAAGUAUGAUCCCACAGCUGUCCCCACCUGACAGAGAUUCCAACGACUCGGGAAACAGCUCGCAGUUCUUUUCAAAUAGCUUGAAUGGCGGUACACGCAGAGUGCUCAUGAGUACGGGCGAGCGGUCGCCUGCCAAGAGGUCAAAGAGGAUGUCGCUGCUGUCUGUCUCAUCAAACAGGCUGGCCGCAUCUGCGCGGCUGAAACUCCCUGAUGCCAACAGCAGCUCUGAGAUUAGCUUCAACAAGUCCAGUGGACGACCAUUGUGGAGGUGAAGGCUGCUUAUAGGAACGAUAAUCAUGUACUGUCAUAAACUCGAUCUGUACGACUUUUUGUUUACCGUGUUCUGAUAACCAUGUUGUCCGCUCCGGCUUCACUAUUUAUGUUCUGCGAUGUCCUGCAUGAUAUUACAUGUCACGUCCCGUCUUUUUUCUCAACAUUGUACCAUAUAUGAUACAUCCUAUAUUUGAUCUUCGUUGUCGGACAGCC